AUGACGGUGUAUCAGAACCACACGGAGAACCGCCGCGGGGCCGUCAUCUCUUAUGGUGAAAGUGUCUUGAAGCAGUGUCAGGAUGUGAAGCUCUCCUUUCCACAGCAACCAGAGGGAUCCAAUUUCUUCAGUGGUACAAAGAGGGGAACAUUGUUUCUCACUUCACACAGGAUAAUCUUCGUGACUUCACACUCAGUCAGUGAUCCCAUGUUUUCUUUUAUGAUGCCAUUUGAUCUGAUGAGUAACUGUACCAUUGAACAACCUGUCUUUGCCCGCAUCUACAUUAAAGGAACCAUUCAGGCAGCUCCAGAUGGUGGCUGGAAAGGACAGGCUACUUUUAAAUUAGCCUUCAGAAAAGGAGGUGCCAUCAAAUUCCGCCAGUUGAUGAUGAAAGCUGCCUCUGCUGCUGCCCAUCGAGUUCCACUUGCAAGUGUAAAUUACUGGUUUGGUGUUCCAGGACUGUAUUUCAUUACUGGGCAGGGGAGCAUGAUGUGCAACCAAGAGGUGCCUUGUCCAGGAGGAUUAGUAGUUUCUAAAUCUCAGGAAUGGGCCCCCUAG